UCAGAAACAUUGACUAUUACAAAAACCCCUCAAAAUCCCACAGUGGUUGUUGAAGGAGUGAACAGCUCCCGUGAUGUACUUAACUGGAAAUACGAAAAGUUGAUAAAGGAAAGAAUUCUGUCAGUGUCCUAUUUUAGACAAUUACCUGGUAAAGGAAGUUCAACUCGACUAGCAGUUUGGACGCCUGGUGAUAAUAAUGGGUUCACCUAUUCCAAGCCUGAAUUCAAAACUAGGUAUAAAGCAAAACUUCCCUCAACACUGGUCUUGUGGGACGUGAAAAAUAGCGAAGAGUACAGAUAUACUUUUCGAAUUACUUAUAAUUCCAGUUUGGGUAUCAAGAAGAGGACAAAUAGUGAAAUAUUCGUGGAUGUGUUUGGUAAGUAUAAAAGUUAUUCAUUAUUUUCAUUAUUUACAUUGUCAGUAUCAGUAUUAUUAUUCUAAUUAUCAUAAUGAUUCUACUAUUAACGAUUAUUAUUAUUCCUUUAUGUAUUUAUUUUUAUAAAAAACUGACUCAAAUAUCGAUCAAUACCGCAUGAGGCUUUGCCGAGUACGGUAUCGAAAAUUUCAAGUUCAUUGUCAGUGAACGAGUACAGGUUAAUGCCUAUAAUUUAGAGCAAUGAGUGCGUUAACAUUUGUAUUCAAACUGAAUUCAUUGCGCAAAGCUGGCAAAACUGUUGAGAAAAGGCAAAAAUAGCUCAACUAGCUUGAAUGAAAAAUUUAAAAUUCGCAACCUUACCUUUCAAGUUGCAGUUGCUUCCUUGGUGUUUUUAGGAAUUGCAUCAUCAAUAAUAGAAUCAGUGUCUACAUCUGACAGAUCGUCAAACUUUUAGCUUUGAGUCAGCCGAAUCCUAGUGUAAUGACAGUGGUGUGUUGAAUUUACACCACGGCUAUCACACCACGAUAAUGACGUCAAAGUGGUUGCCUCGUCACAACCCAGUAACACGUGGUACAAAUCUGGCAAUCGUAAAAUCGGAAUUCCUAAAGAGUAUGAAAAAUGGAAUAAUUACAGCCAUUCUACCAUGCUCUCCAGAAAUUGUAACUGUACGCGUCUGCUCAAAAUUGAAAACAAGCUGAAAAUCGGUCGUUUUUACAAAUAAAGUCGGGAAGAAUUCUCUGUAUUUUUUGGUCGUUGUAAACAUUUAUUCCACUCGUGCUUGUUGGAUAUGACAUGAUUAUAGCCAGCUCAUAUUCAACGUGCACUCGUGGAAUAAUUGUUAAAUAUUUUUCCAUUCUUUAGGUUAAACUCUGUGUAGGCUGAACUCGAUAUCGCUAUUCGUUUAAUCGAUAUCGUUGUUGCCAUGUUUGCCCAGUGAUGUACUUAUACACGUAUGUUAAACUACGUCACCGAUCUUACUCACUAUACUAGAGAGUGAACACUCGAAAACCAGACUGACGUUGGUUUGUUUUACAUGAUACCGAUCCAUCUCGUGGGCUAGUGAAUGCCAUAAGCUGUACAAUGUUAAUUAAUUAAAAAUUUAUUCAAUGAGGCUGAGUAUCUUAUGAAGAAUUAUGAAGAUUGACGAGGGUGUUAUACUCGUCAAAGCCAUAGGCAGAGGCGGAUAACACCCUCAGAGAUCUCGAUAAUUCUUUGUACGAUACGAAAACCGAAUUCGAUUUUUAUUAUAUUAUUCAUUCAAAAUAAUUUCUGGUUAAAAUCGUAGCUAAAACAUGCUUACCUCCAUCGAUGUUAAAUUCAUCAUCAAUAGGGCACGUUUAGGGUUGUUCAGCUCCGCAAAUAUUCUCCAAAUAGCAUUUGUCGCCCUUCGAGUUGUCUUCUUGCUGUUCUUGCCAUGUUGUUUACUCUUGAAACGAGUGAAAUGUCCGCCAUGUUUGUUUUCACAAGCAAAACAACUCAACCUCGUCCCCAGGUCUUCUCGGUUAACGGAGCACUAAGCUGCAAGGAAGCUGCACUUUUGAAAUUAUGGGUCGAUUAAUCUCAAAAUUCCUCCAAACUUGGUCAUCGGUAGCUGGUUAUGGCGGAUUAUGCGUGUGCUUUUAGCCAAUUAGAAUCGGGGAAAUAUUUUGAAAGAAUAAUAAUCAGCUUUAUACGAUUGUGCUCGAUUCCUUUUUUUACAAUACAUUUGGGAUUUUCUAACCCUUUGAGCCCAUUUGCAAUAAUUCAUAAUAACCUUUUUAUGCGCAAAUGUAGGGUGAAAAUGGUUAAAGCUCAAUACCAUGGCACACCAUUUCUCAGGUUGAUGAUCUGUCAAGAACAUUCACAUUUUACCAUCUAUUUCAUAAGCGAAAAAAAGUAAAUACAGUAAAUAAAAAAAAAAUUUGGGGGGUAAACACAAGUUUGCACUGUUGCCAGCUUAUCCUUUUAUCCUUGGCCUCAGUCAAAAUAUCAGAGUUAAGGUGUGCAGUCCCCUUAUUGUUUAGUCAUCCAGCUAUCAUUGGAUAUUAUACAACUAUCCCCUGAAGGGGAGGUGAAUAGUGGUGGUAUGUACUGAGAAGCGAGGCGUCGAGGUAUAUAUCUAGCGCUGUUCAGCGACCCUGAGGGGGAUAGUUGUUUUAGUAUUUAUUAAAUCAGUCGGAUAGAAAUGAAAAAAAGUAACUUAUUGUAAAUUAAAAAGACGUGACUUAGUAGGAACUUUGUUCACAAUUUACAAACAUGUUGUGAAUUUUGACAAGUGCAUUUUUACGAUUUUGUUGCAAAUUCAGGAUGAAAAUAAUUUUUCUACCUACCAGUAAACACUGACAAGCCAAAGUUCGUCGCUUUGUUGGUGUUUGUUUCUACGAAACUUCGUCUUCGUAAAAUGUCCCGAAACGAGACGCCAUCUUCGCCGAAAAACAGUGAAUAGCAAAGGAUAUUCCGAGUUACGCCGGGAGCCAAUCAAAACACGCGAAAAUUGCUAUUCACUGAUUUGGUAAAUACUAAACAGGUUUAUCGAAAUUUAAUACUGUACAUUACGGGAAACAUUCCACAUAUGACGCACUUUGAAUCAUACAUGGUCUAGAUCAGAUAUAGAGAUCUCUGCAUUCGAGGACGAGAACAAUUGGGGUACCUACGAGCUCUGACUAUAAAGUUUGUCUUGUAUUCUCAAAAAAAUAGACUCCAGGGAAAGUUUUCUUUUUCUAGUUUUCACAAGAAAAGUUAACACUGUUAUCUAAACUGAAGGAUCGCAAAGUGGCGAGACUUCUAAAACUUGAUAACUCGUUUCCGCCACUAGGACAUUCUUGCUUAAACUCGUAGUAGAAUGACGACGUAAGACGACGACUAUCACGUUUUCCGGCCAAAAUUGCCAUGUUUCACCGUCGCACUACUUAGUAUUGAAAACUGUCGUACUCGUUACCGUUCUCAUCUUAGAAUCUAAAGGACUCUGGUAAAGGCAAAGACAAACCUGGCUUACAAUCUUUUAGGUCCAGCAUAUGACGCAUUAACCUUGUAGAUCUUAUCAAGCUGUCGAACUGAACGCUCUUUUGGAUCAACAUGACAAUGUAUUGCGAUCAAUUUGGAUCUCUAUACCCCUUUAAAAUGGCGAACAAUAACAUUACGACCACGUGCUCCCUGGUAUAAACCGGAAGUGGCUGUACAGAAAAACAUCCGAAGGCGGUUAGAGCGGAAGUGGCGUUCGACUAGAUUACUAUGUGAUCGUGAGCAAUACGUUCAUCAGUGCUACGUUGUCAACAAUUUCAUUGGGUCACUAAAGUCGACAUAUUACACUGACAUCAUUACUGAACAUUCUUCAGAUCAGAGGAUAUUGUUCAAGACUGUUGGAAAGUUAUUGCAAAAAUCAACCAAGAAGUGUUAUCCUCGUUCUUCUGAAGAUACUGCCCCGGCAAAUUCAUUUGCCGAUUUCUUUACCGGCAAGAUUGAUAAAAUACAUUAUGGGCUUGUUGAAAGGAAAAUACGCUUUGGCACUUCCCCUCCUGACGUCAAAGUUUGUGGUACAGAGUUUUGUAACUUUGCUGAGGUUACCCUGGAGGAAAUAAAAAAGUUUUCAAGGAAACCACUGUCUAAAUCUUGUUAACUUGAUCCUCUACCCGCGGUGGUUUUGAAAGGCUGUCUUAACGUAUUACUUCCUACUAUUAUGUGGAUCAUCAAUCUGUCCUUACCGAUUGGUGUUGUGCCCGAUGCUCUGAAGGUUGCUAUACUAUCGCCCACAUUGAAAAAAUCGGAUGCUGACUUUGAACAGUUCCAAAACUUUCGUCCUAUCUCCAACUUAAAAGUAGUAUCGAAGCUCGUUGAAAAGGCAGUUGACAUACAACUCACAGAUCACGUCAUGGCGCACCACUUGGAUGAGACGUUUCAGUCUGCAUAUAAGAACUUUCACUCCACCGAGACAGCUUUAGUAAGGGUCCAGAAUGACAUCCUGUGUGCUAUUGACAACAAUGAGUCUGUUAUACUUCUUUUAUUGGGUCUGUUCUGGGCCCUCUUCUUUAUCUCCUCUAUAUAUCACCCAUUGCUGAUAUCAUCAAGUUCCACAAGUUACAGUAUCAUUUAUACGCUGAUGAUACCCACCCUAAUCGCAACAUCCGUUACUAUGACAGCGAAGGGAAUGAUGAUGAUAAAGGAGAAGAUGGCGAACCAAUUUGUGGCGAAUUUUUCGUAAGACAAUUAGGGUGUCCGCUAUGGUGUCCGCUGUUGACUUUCAUCAUUGCAAAGUUUAGAAGGGUUUGUAUGGCGACGAACCUCAUGGUGUCUUAACAGACUAGUAUUACUGCUUUAGUGUGUAGUAUCGUGGGAUAUUUUUACGAGUCACGCUGUAUUUUGGAGAGCCUGUAGGACAAGCCAAAAUAGAACAUACGCGUAAAAAUUAAUAUCCUACGAUACUACAUACUAGAAUCGUCCAAUAAGAGAUUUAUUACUUAACUCGUCGAGGAGUAUAAAAUAGAACUAAUUUUUAAUGUGCACGCUGGACUACUUCUAACGAGAAUGUGUGACAAACUAACGUGAGUUCAGUUUUCGCGCUCUUUCAGCAACGCUGUAGCCGGUAGGCCCGAAAUGAAAACUAGCCAAAUUGGUUGAGCCCAUUACCCAAGAAUACGACAAUGCAUGAGACAAAAAAAGGCAAAAGAAAAGAGCAGGAACUAAGCAGAGUCCUCUGUUCCUGUGUAACUUCUCUUAAAAUCUCUGUUUACUGUUAUUUAUCAAACCAUUACCUAAUGAAUAUGGAGAGGUACACACCAUAUUCAGUCCACGCACAUAUUUUCACUUUCGCUGGUUAGCAUGAUGGGGUUAUACAUGUGAAUAAAUGGGUCAUGGAUGGCGAGUAUACAAGUGUGUACCAGUGGCUUUUUGAGAAGUUCGGAUGUAUGAUGACCAGUAAACUAACAUUUUGUGUUGGCUUUCUGUAAAUUGUCGUUAGUAGACACGAACAAGUAGUGAAGUAAACGCAUUUCAGUGUGACACGGCUGUUUGUGUUCUGUCCUUCGUAGCCUCUUUUUGAUAGGGAGUUUACGAUACGGCGACUACGGACUACGACUACGGUUAAACAUGCUACUGCGCAUGAUCAAAACCACGUGACUGUUUAUUUUUCCCGCGUAGUCCUGUGAGUUGUUGAGCUUUUUCGCGUAGUCGGGACUGCUGAGAACAUUUUGCUCGUAUUUUGCCGUGUCGGUAAUUCAAGAAUUUCGUCUUUUCGUAAAAAAGGUUUCAAUUCACCUGCCUUAAGUGAGAGGGAAGCGAAAUAUGUAAGUGGUGUCUAAUUUCUGCUCAGAUUUACGCUUUUAAUCCACUGUUGUGACUACAUUUUCAUCGAGCUAAGCUCAUAUUUAAAUAAGCUUAGCUGUUUAUACGCAGAAUUCAGAUUGACAGCCGAAGAGAAGAGAAAUCAUGCAGGUAAUUUGCUUUCUCUUCGCACUUGAAAAGUUUCAAUGUUUGUUCGAACUAAUUAGUGUGUCUUUCUACUUGUGUAAACCUUUGCUUAUGCUAGUUUUUGUAUCGCAUUUGCUGAAUGAAAAUGACGUGAACAUCUCCGAGACAAUCGAAACUCGGCUGUUAGUAGUUAUCUAGGGAUGAAGAUAAGCCUCGUUGGUGUCUUCCCCUGUCUUCCCUCGCAAAAAGUGGAUUCCCUUAAUUAAUAGGCAUAUGGGUCUAGUCAAUGACGUCAUCUAUUGUGAUAACCUAGGGAAAAAAUGGGUUCCUCCAUGCUAAUUAAGUGUCUUCCUCCAUAUAUAAUGAAGUGCCUACUCAGUGUCUUCCUGCAUACUAAUUCGGGAUAGGUUUACUAAUGAGCGUCACUCUACUACAAUAGGAACAAUAGGCUUGCCCAGACUUGCCCGGUAAGUAACUUGAGCCCGGUUUUCGGACCGUCUAUUAAAAGAAAAAUAGGAAUAAGAGAAGCGAUCACCUAGCAACGCGAGAAACGGCUUCCUAUAUCUUAUUUAGUGCUAAAACUUGGAUAUAUAUAAACAAAACAUACACAAAUUGGAACUGUAAACUCUUUAUUUCAAGUUUGUCUGACUAUUACAGAACCGUUUUCUCCUUUCUAUCUCGAGGAAAAGAAAAACUAUCGAAGUCUUGUCAUUUUCGCGCGCGGUUAAUCAGUUAAUUAUGCGAGUUCACAAGCCCAAAGUUGAAUACAAAUUAGCUCUACAGCUAUACCUCAGGGAGCAACCUUGACGUAUUAUUAUAAAACAAAUAACUUAACAAGCAUCAAAUAAAACCCGCGACUCAUAAUUGCUAGCAAUAAAAAGACAAGAGAGAUAUCGUUUUCAAAAAAAUUAUUAAAAAACAAUGUCAAAAAGAGUCAAAUACACAGGAAUGAAAAUUAAUUAAUCUUCAUCGUCGCUCUCCUCUGUAGAAGGGGAAUAGAAAUUGGUUUCCAACGUCUUCGCGUUUUUGUGUGUAACUGCUCCGCAAUCGUGACACCGAAGAAAGCCCUCUUUCAUGUAAUGUCUCCCCUCGGGAAUCUGGUGAUCGCAUAUAGGACAAAUCUUGUGGUAAUCGUGCCAAAGGCAUUUAGGACAUUUCAUGAUCAAUGCCCCGUACACAUUAGAGUUCUCGCAGUGUUCACAGGGACUUUUGGAGUGAAAGGUGGUGGACGUUUCAGGGUUACUACUUUCUAUCUUUCGCUUCAGCGCCAUUCUCAGAAGCCACUUCCUCCUCCUCCUCCUGAUUUUCAAUAUCCGAUGAACUCUCCUCAUUACUACUCUCGUUAUCAGAAGUAUUUUGUACAUUUUGGUAGCCUUUUUCCUUUUCUAUUAAAUCACUUAACAACUUUUUGUUCUUGAUUAAACCUUUAUCGAUUCCUAACUCUGCAAGUCCAUCUAGAAACGUAUUCAGCGCACGAGGUUUGGUAACCUCAUUGUUAUAAGGGAGUAACACAUACUCAACUAGCUCAGCGAUGUUUGUGACGGGAAUAGUGCGUUUAUUUCGAAGUAAUUGUCCGCUGGGGGUCCAGAAAAGAAUAUCUUUGGACGCAGCCAUACUAUGCAGCAAAUCAGAAGCACGCUUUUCCGGCACUGCUCGGGAAAGAUGACUCAAAACAUCUUUUAUUCUCGGUUCUUCUUUUCUUCUUGGUUCUUCAUCCUCGCUUUCAUCACCAGAACUUCCGCUUUCUUCAUGUUCACUCUCGUGUUCUUCUUCUUCAACCAAAUCUAUCUUUCUCUUCAUUUUGAUGAGUACUCGUGACAGACUUAGCUUCGAAUGAGCAACCUAGCGAUGUGUCACCUCUUUUAUAGCAUUAGAAAUCCUAAGCUUGAAACGACAGGGGCUAAUACAUCUUCAAUAAAACCACUACCCUCUUGAACAAGGACUCGCUUCUUUGUUUUGAAAGGGACAUUUGGACUGGCCAGGUUAAGUAAAGCAUCCUUAUAUGGCAGCAAUACCCGCUUAUUUUCUUCGGAGAUGGGAAUGUGUCCCAUGAGUAAAUUGUAUAAGACUUGGACUAGUGCAUGAAGUUACUGUGGUGUAGCUGUCUUUAAAAGAAACUGGCGCUGAUAAGCAGGGCAAGCAGCUAACAGCUGAAGAAAACCACGAUUGUUGUUCACUACACGAGACAUUGCUACAAAAUGAACUAAGAAUGGCAGUUGGUGGUCUUUUAUAGAAUAUGGUGGAAGGAAAAACAAUAGAAAUGAGGAGGAGGAGGAAAAACAAUAGAAAUGAGGAGGAGGAGGAGGAGAAAAACAAUAGAAAUGAGGAGGAGGAGGAGCAGAAGGAGGAGGAGGAAAGAAAACAAUAGAAAUGUGGUGGUGGUGGUGGUUUUGGGGGAGGAAAACAAUAUAAUUUUGUGGCCUGAAAACCUAUAUAAAUGCGAAACAUUCUACCUCUUUCUCAGUCUACAUUUUGCUCCUGAGGAGUUGACAUGAGUUGGCUCUGUUCUGUCUGCGAAAAAUCCUUUAGUAGAAAAGACAAUAUGCAAAGGCACGUGAUGUCUAAACACCGCAAUGCUGGUCUCACCCCAUUUCAAACAGUUCCAAUAUUUUCACAGAAAUGUCAGCGGUUUCGCUUCGAGCAUCCUUUCACCUCCAUGAUUGCCGGAAUGACCGGGUCCGCAAAAACGGCCUGGGUUCGAUCGCUAUUGCAAACAGCUUCAGAGACCAUUUACCCUCCCCCGGGGAGGAUCGUUUGGUGUUAUUCACAAUGGCAGCCUGCGUCUACACAAAUGUUAGUCGCUUUGCCAAACAUUGAAUUCGUCAAGGGAAUUCCUACGGCUUUGGAGCAAGAUUCCUAUUUUGAUGUGAACAAACGGAAUUUGAUCGUGUUUGAUGAUCAGAUGAUUGACGCCAGUAAGGACAAGCGAAUUGUGAACCUUUUUACUCGUGGUUCUCAUCAUCGCAAUCUGAGCGUGAUUUAUAUCCUGCAGAAUCUAUUUCAUCGGGGGAAAGGUAGCCGCAGCAUAAGCUUAAACAGCCAUUAUCUGGUGUUAUUCAAGAAUCCACGACACAAAUUGCAAAUCCUGACUCUGGCGAAGCAAAUGUAUCCCGGGCAGACUGAUUUCUUUUUAAAUCAGUACGAAGAGGCUGUAAAAAGACCUUUUGGUUAUCUUCUUAUUGAUCUGAAAACUUCUACCCAAGAUAAUUGUCGGUUGCGAACAAACGUCCUGCCCAGUGAAGAAGGCUUUAACCAAGCAAGGUUUCAAGAAAAUAUUCCUCAAGAGCUCCUAAAAUAUCUGAAGCAGCAAACUCUUUCGCCUGUCCCACUUCUUCCAGCUAUGCAAGAAACACAGGGCAAUAUGGAUGAUGUGCUUUCUCGAAACGAUCUUCGGGACGAUCAAAAAGCUAAGCGAUACGUUCAGUUGCAAAACAGAUACCUGGCUUUUAAAGAACAAUUAAAUGCAAGAACACGACCGGAAGAAAUAAUCAGUACUGUUCCAGACUUAACAUCAAGGACACAAGAUUCUUCGACAGCAACGACAGCAUUCUCGACUCCCCUCAACCCCUUUAAUGUAACACCUGAAUUAACACAAGCGGCUAUCUCUCAAAAAGCUGACAAAGAAAGCCUCACCCCUCCACCACCCUUAAAUUCUGCUUUCCUGACCCCUCCUCUCACAGUAGAAACCCCAUCACAACAAGGACCGAAGCGCAAAAGGCGUCGGAUUCAAUUUCUAAAUUAUUUGGAUGAUCAUAAAUCUCAUGGCAAACAGCUGAAGAAACGUUAGCAUAAGAAAUUCAAACCUUACAAAUACUCCAUGGGCGAAGAUAAAGAUUAAUUAAUUUUCAUUCCUGUGUAUUUGACUCUUUUUGUCAUUGUUUUUUAAUAAUUUUUUUUAAAACGAUAUCUCUCUUGUCUUUUUAUUGCUACAAUUAUGAGUCGCGUGUUUUAAUUGAUGCUUGUUAAGUUAUUUGUUUUAUAAUAAUACGUCAAGGUUGCUCCCUGGGGUCUAGCUGUAAAGCUAAUUUGUAUUCAACUUUGGGCUUGUGAACUCGCAUAAUUAACUGAUUAACCGCGCGCGAAAAUGACAAGACUUCAAUAGUUUUUCUUUUCCCCGAGAUAGAAAGGAGAAAACGGUUCUGUAAUAGUCAGACAAACUUGAAAUAAAGAGUUUACAGCUCCAAUUUGUGUAUGUUUUGUUUAUAUAUAUCCAAGUUUUAGCGCUAAAUAAGAUAUAGGAAGCCGUUUCUCGCGUUGCUAGGUGAUCGCUUCUCUUAUUCCUAUUUUUCUUUUAAUAGACGGUCCGAAAACCGGGCUCAAGUUACUUACCGGGCAAGUCUAGGCAAGACUAUUGUUCCUAUAGUAGUAGAGUGACGCUCAUUAGUAAACCUAUCCCGAAUUAGUAUGCAGGAAGACACUGAGUAGGCACUUCAUUAUAUAUGGAGGAAGACACUUAAUUAGUAUGGAGGAACCCAUUUUUUCCCUAGGUUAUCACAAUAGAUGACGUCAUUGACUAGACCCAUAUGCCUAUUAAUUAAGGGAAUCCACUUCAUUAUAUAUGAAGGAAGACACUUAAUUGGUAUGGACGAGCCCAUUUUUUCCCUAGGUUAUCACAAUAGAUGACGUCAUUGACUAGACCCAUAUGCCUAUUAAUUAAGGGAAUCCACUUUUUGCGAGGGAAGACAGGGGAAGACACCAACGAGGCUUAUCUGCAUCCCUAGAUAACUACCGCUGUUUCAAUACUUCAAACUACAUCAUAUCAGAAGUCGGAGAAGUCCAUCUUCUAAAUCUAAUAAAUGAGCCAUUACUAUUUCAGUCUAUUUCUUUAAUAUUUGACAUAAGUGUUCAUGGGCGAAAAAAAUAAAACCUGUGUAACCAAAACUUUGUUGACCAAUUUCACCGGACGUAAUUGCUUCCAUCAAGUAUGGAAGAAUUUGUUCAUUGUUCUAAAGAUAAGAUCACAUGCAAAACUGACUUGCAUUUUUGUGAACUGUGAUGAAAACAAGAAAAUCUCUGCGUGUUGUUUCCCUCUCCGCCUCUUCUCUCGUAGUCUACUGUCUGUAGUGCAAUCUUAACGUCCUACAUUUGCACGACUCAACCCAGUUCUACAAACAAAGGACAACGCUCGUCCAACCGUAGUUCGUAGUCCGUAGUCUCCGUAUCUUAAACUCCCUAAUGACCUCCACAACAGGAGCCGAGUGUUCAGAACACUGUUCACAACAGUUUGACGUGGACCUCACUUAAUGUUCUAAAUAACCAUUAAAAGAAGUACAAAAGAUACUCAGAGGUAUCACAAGGGUGAUGGUAAAAGUGAAAGAAUAUGUAGCUAUUUUACUCACCACAUUUCGUUGAAAACAAUGGAUAAAAACUGAGGAUUUUUCUGGUCACGCUUUUCAGCCAACUUUUUCAACUUUUCCCUGAGCGUACUUUUCCUCUCUUUGGGAUUCGCAUUUAUUUGCAAAUGGCAAAUUCGUGAAUCAACAUUGAGGAGGAAGGAACUUUAUAAGUGUUUCAACAGAUGUGACGAGUAUUGUAGUCCUAUUUAGCCUUCAACCCUCCCUUUACUGUCCAUGUGUCAUAAUGCUACAUCACUAGUUAACUAGCUGUUGGUAUGCGUAACGCGACAGAUGUUUUAACUGAUGUGACGAGUAUUGUAUAGUCUCCUAUAGCCCAAUCCGCCCCGAACUGUUCAUGCGUUAUUAUUAUUUUUUAAAAUCAUUGGUUAAAUGGGUGUUGGUAUUUUGUAUUUUUUUCAAUUAUAUUUACUGUUUUCUAUCUUUCAGUCCCUCCAAAUAUUACUGUGAAUCCCCCAUGGCAAGUCGAUAUCGAAGCUGAACAAAAUGUCACUUUGGCGUGCAAUGCUUCGGGUGAUCCCUUGCCUAACGUCACAUGGACGAAAGUCGGUGUCGUACAAGAUCAGUUGAACUUUUCUGGUCACAGGCUGCAUAUUAUUAAUGUAAAGAGGACGGAUGUUGGGUUAUACAGAUGCACAGCUAAUAAUGGAUUUGGAUCAGAGGCUUCUCGUGUCAGCGUUGUCAACGUAAGAUGUAAGGCUGCUUUCCAUGCGAUCGCUAAAAAAAGGGCCAGCGACAUAUAUAAAAUUGAACAACUAGCGUUCUCAUCACGUCCUCGGGAUCGCUGUUACCACUUACUUCCUGUUUUCGCGCAAGAUUUAACAAAUUGAAAUCGUAACAUUUUAAAAUAUUCUUAUCAUCAAUGUUAUUGUCACCGUUGUUUCCAGUUUUAGUGAUUUUUUUUAUGCAAAGAAAAAUAUGGUCUCGUCCUCAAGUGCCUAAUUAGUUUUCUAAUAUCUACCAACAACUAGCCACUUACAAGGCUUGUUUAAUGUGUUUUAGUGCAAUUUAAUAUACGCAUUUUCUGUGCUUCUUCAUCAUCAGCAUCAUCUUUCUUCUUGCGAACACAGGUAGUCGCUGUCAAAUGCGAAAAGUCAACAUAACAAUAACAAGUGAAGUAUGGAAUAACACAUUGCUGGAAAGGGAAUCAUUUGAGUUUAGAACACUGGAAACAAGUGUAUUGAGAGUGGUA